AAGGCAAUCGUACAAUAUCUUUUCAUUUUCCUGUAACUUUUGUCGUAUUUUGCUUUGGAAAUUUCGCCUUUUUUGUUGCUAAAAGCCGCGAACACAUUAGGAUACUGCCGUUAACAUGGAUACGGAGAAGUCUAGCAGCAGCUCGUUUGAGGAUCUGACCAAUGCCGAGGACACGAAAGACAUUCGCAAGGUGGCUGCGGAAGCUGCUGCCGGUGAUGGGGUGCCACCUUCAGAGUUAGCGACUGAUAAGGAGCCAGCGAAGGAGCAGGAGGAUUCUGACAGCGAUUCGGACAUCCUGGGCAACAAGCAGCUGAUAAAGCGCACCAUUAAAAAGGCCCCUGAGGAUGCAAUUAAAGCUCUCCGCGGAGAUCUGGUCACCCUCAAUUUCACCGGCAAGUUGGACAACGGCAAAGUAGUGGAUGAGGGAGUGGGCUUCCAGUGUCACGUAGGAGACUACGAAAUUGCCCAGGGAGUGGAUAUGGUGCUUCCCAUGCUGCAGGUCGGCGAAGUGGCCCAAAUCAUCGUGGAUCCCCGUUUUGGUUACGGCGACCUUGGUCUGAAAAAAGAAAACGAAUCUGAAUAUACUAUUCCCCCAGAUGCAAAGUUAACCUACGAAGUGGAACUCGUGGAUGCCAAAACUGAGGAUUUCGCAGACCUCAAAGCAUUUGAAAUCCGUCGUAACUACGGAACACGAAAGAAAGAACGCGCCAACUUUUACUAUAAGCGCUUGCAGUAUAACACCGCCAUUUACCUCUACAAACGUGCUUUAGACUAUUUGGACACGCGGGACGGCGAUCCGGAUGCUGAGUUUGACAAGGAAGAUUUGGAGCUAUCGAACAGCGAUACCCAGAUUUUGCUGGACGAUCGAUUGAUCGUCUACAACAACUUGGCCAUGACACAAAUCAAAAUUGCCGCCUAUGAUGCCGCCCUGGAGUCCGUGGAGCACGUCCUGCGAUGCCAGCCGAACAAUUCAAAGGCCUUGUACCGCAAGGGAAGGAUAUUGGAAGGCAAGGCAGACACCCAGGGUGCCAUUAAGCUGUUGCAAAAAGUGGCCACUUUGGAACCCGACAAUCGAUCUGUCCAGUCAGACUUGGCCAGACUCUUCAUCAAGGCUCGCCGUGAGGAACACAACGAAAAGGAGAUGUACCAGAAGAUGUUGGGCCAGGCCAAGAAAAUGGAGCAAAAGACUGCCACCAGACAAAAACAGCCUCUCGUGGACAAUUCAAAGCUGAAGCUGCUAGGUUAUCUAAUGGGCUCCAUAUUGAUUGGCGUGGCCGGGGUAGCUAUUUAUCGUUACAAGUACUAAGGACAAGCAUUGCACAUGAACUACUGUUUACUUUAAGCAAUUGAAAGCAUUUUUUUGUAAGGAUACAUACAUAACAGGCAAAAUUAUGAAUGUUGGAUAGCGCAGUUGCUUCUUAAGUCUUGUUGUACAUCUAAUACUAUGCACUCUUCACAAUAGUAUGUAUAUCUGUCAAAUGGUAUGGUUUUGGAUAGCGUACGUGUAAUGUUAAAGCUUAAUUUUAAUCAAUUACAUUCUUUCGGAAAGUAACGGGAAUUGUAAAAUAAACCACAAUUUUCAUUUAA